GUGUCUGCACGUCACACCCUUACCUUUUGGAAAGAGCCAAUGGCCUUAUCCUCUUGGGAGAUUGACUAGAUCGCAUGGGUUGAACCAAAUGCAGGUAACCAAGAGAAAGAAAAAAAUCCUCAGCGCUUGUUAUGGUGUCAGAGUGAAAGGGACCCGAAGCUUUUUUUGUUCAUUUACCAGUCAGACCAGAAACUCGGGAAAAGGAACACACGCACACGAGUCUGGACCAGUUUUCUGCCCCUUGUGGUCCCCCCUGAUGGCUUCGCACAAUGAUACUGUGGUGGUGUUGUUUGGGGCAACAGCUGGUGCAAAUGGGGUUAAACUGGGUUCGGAUGAGAGGGAAUUAAUUCUCUUGGUGUGGCAAAUUGUGGAUCUGCAGAACAAAAAGGUGGGAGAAUUACACAGGUGCCUUGUAAAACCCGAUAGUCUGGAACUAGCAGAGCAGUGUAAAGAAGACACGGCUCUGAAUUUGGAAGACAUUUCUAAAGCCGAGCCUUUAGACGACGUUCUGCAACAGUUUCACCAGUCCGUGUCGAGCGAGCUGAAGGACCUGGGUAGGAGCUCCUUCACACUCUGCACAGACGGGCCCUUGCUGAUCAGACAGGUCUUCCAUCCAGAGGCCUCCAACAAGAAUCUGGUCCUGCCAGAUUGUUUUUAUUCCUUUGUUGACCUGCGGAAGGAGAUUCACAAAUGUUGUCCCGACUCCGGCUCUGCGCAGGAUCACACCCUGUCCUCCAUGGCAGAAUAUUUAAACAUCCCUACAGAAAACACAGAGACAAGCGCAGGGGUCUGGGAGGUGAAAACUAUGGCGACAAUCGUUUUACGACUUCUUUCUGAACCACACAAUCACAAAUUCACAGACUUUGAGACCGUGAAGUACAACUUUGAAACCGGCGCCUGCAGGAAGUCGGAGGCUGUGGACAGCGAGACAGUGAUCCGAGCCAGGGGACUCCCGUGGCAGUCUUCAGACCAGGACAUUGCCAGGUUCUUCAAAGGACUCAACAUCGCCAAGGGCGGGGUGGCGCUGUGCCUCAAUGCACAGGGCAGGCGAAAUGGAGAGGCACUUGUUCGGUUUGUCAGUCCAGAGCACAGAGACCUGGCUCUGGGGAGACACAAGCAUCACAUGGGCAGCAGGUAUAUAGAGGUUUAUAAAGCUACAGGAGAGGAAUUUUUAAAAAUAGCAGGUGGCACUUCCAAUGAAGUUGCCCAGUUCCUGUCAAAGGAGAACCAGGUGAUCAUCCGCAUGCGCGGGCUGCCCUUCACCGCCACCGCGGAGGAGGUGCUCAGCUUCCUGGGUCCAGACUGCCCUGUGACGGACGACAAGGAGGGGCUGCUCUUCGUCAAGUAUCCUGAUGGGAGGCCCACGGGGGACGCCUUUGUGCUGUUUGCCUGCGAGGAGUAUGCUCAGAACGCCAUCAAGAAGCAUAGGGAGAUCCUGGGCAAGCGCUACAUAGAGCUGUUCCGCAGCACUGCGGCAGAGGUGCAGCAGGUGUUGAACCGGUACAUGUCCACACCUCUGAUCUCCACCCUGCCACCCCCCAUGCUGCCGGUGAUCCCCCAGCCCUUCAUCACGACGGGGCCGGCACGGGACUGCGUGCGGCUCAGGGGCCUCCCCUACACCGCCACCAUCGAGGACAUCCUGGAGUUCAUGGCCGAGUUCACAGUGGACAUCAAGCCCCACGGCGUCCACAUGGUCCUCAACCAGCAGUGGCAGUCUCCUGUCCCGUGCCAGGGUCGCCCAUCUGGGGAUGCCUUUAUUCAGAUGAAGUCCGCGGAGCGCUCCUUCCUGGUGGCUCAGAAGUGCCACAAAAAGAUGAUGAAGGACCGCUAUGUGGAGGUGUUCCAGUGCUCCGGGGAGGAGAUGAGUUUUGUUUUAAUGGGUGGCACUUUAAACCGUAGUGGCUUGUCCCCACCGCCAUGUAAGUUACCAUGCCUCUCCCCACCUGGCUAUGCUUUCCAGACUGCUGCCGCAGUGAUCCCCGAAGCAGCGCUUUACCAGCCUCAAGCCCUGCUGGCCUCUCCCAGGACUCCCCAACCCCCUGCCCCCACAGCGCCCCCUGCUAUCACUUACUACUCCACACAGGCCCACGCGCACGCCCACGCCCAGGCCCAGGCCCAGGCACAGGCUCAGCUCUACAUGAACAUGAGCAUGAAUAUGAACAUGAACUACACUGCAUACUACCCGAGCCCCCCUGUCUCCCCCACCACCAUGGGUUACUUUGCUGGUCCACACGGCUCCAUGGUCGCUGCCCAGGCCUCCCCCAGCGCCAUGCUGCCCCAGCCGGGAGCCCUGGUCCGAAUGCAGGGGCUGCCCUACAACACCGGCGUCAAGGAGAUCCUCAGCUUCUUCCAGGGAUACCAGCUCCACCCAGACUCUGUUCUCGUGCUCUACAACUUCAGCGGCCAGUGCAGCGGGGAGGCGUUGGUGACUUUUCCGAAUGUUGACACGGCGAAGCAAGCCGUGGCUGAGAGAUCGGAGCGGACCCUGGCAGGUCGCUACAUCAACCUCUUAGUGGUAUAAUCUGAGAGGGGAGGGGGGGGGGGGGGGGGGGGGGGGGGGGCAAGGGAAAAAGAGCUGACAAACAAAAUGGAGCACUGUGCCUUUAAGAGACUGAAAUGGAAGAUCUUGUGUUUUUUUCUUUUUUUUUUGUAUUUUCUCAAAGUGCCUUAGAAUCUGAGGACUUAUGUUCAGAUUUCUUAUUUAAAUGUUUUUUUUUUUGUUUUUUUUUAGCAGUAGAAGAGAGAGAUGAGAAAUGUACAAUAAAUAAAUCUCAGGUAGCCACUGUCUUGGUGCAUGAUGCAUGGUGCACUGACCACUGCACUGCAACCCGGUGCCAGACAUGUUCACACCAAACCAGCAUGUGUUAGUAUUCAUGGCUGGGCCUGCGCUUGACCUUGGGGGGCUCGGUGGUAAUGAUAUAUAAUAUAAUGAGAGAUCCUGCUCUAGUUACAUCACAAACCUAAACCUGGUCAAAGGAGAGCCAGCAGCCACUCCUUAUUAUUAUUAUUAUUAUUAUUAUUAUUAUUAUUAUUGGGUUUUUUUCUUUCUAUUUUUGCAAAGCAGUUGGGAGCCCAGCAGAAUCUUUGUUUAUAAACACAAAGGAGUUGUCCGAACAAAAUGUGAAUGAAACCAUUUCUUAUUAACUCUGGGUCCACAAAGUAAAUGUUGGGUCGUUCCGGUUGAUCUUCUAAAGGGCUGUGUGCUUCACUGCUUUGAAAGCUAGAAUGAAGCUUCUGCCUUCACCUGUCAACCUGAGUUCAUGACCAGAGAUCCUCAAAAGUGCCACAAAAAAUGAAUUAAAAAAAAUAAAUAAAUAAAAAAAAUAACUACUUUUAUUAUUUUAUUUAAGAAUAUUAUCUUUAAAACUAAUUGUAGGCAAUGUUAGUUUGGGCUACAUUAAAAUAAACUAAUACCUUUUAUUUUAAAGCAAUUCUUUUGAAACUGAUUUUUUUUUGCCUUUGUCUACUGUUUAAAACUCCUGGAGAGUGUUACUUUUCUUUUAUUUUACCCCCCCCAUACAGCUUCAGGAUGCAUUAUUCCUCUUUAGUUAUAAUUUUUUUUUAGAGACUCCACUGCAGUCCGUUUCCAGAUUGUUGUCGUCGUCUCCGUCGUCUCCUCUCUCUCGUCGUGGUUCCUCUACUGCCCUCUAGUGUAGGAGAAUUAGAAUUGCCCACCCAACACAGUAGCAGCAACAGUUGCUAUGGGAGAGCCUCCCUGUACUUGCUGUUCCACCUGUUGUUACCAGCAAGAUUCCAAGGGGGGUGGGGUAAAUCUCAUUCCAACUAAACACAUCUUGGUGUGUGUAUACUGUACACAGAACUGUUUUUGACAUUGAUUUACUUUGUGGUCUAAUGUGCAUCCAAAGUGUUAAGCCGAGUCUGUGUAUUCCUGAAGGGGGGGAGGUACCUGUUUUCAGUUAUUGUGCCUUCUAGAGCAUGUUUAAUGUAGAUUUUCUUUUUUCUUUUUCUUGUAUAUACCUAUAAGCUAUGUGAAUGUGUUUGUACAUGAUCUGGUUCCAUGUGUGAAUGUCCUGUGCAGUCCAAGCACUCAACCCUUAUGCCUUAAUUAAACACAGUGCAAUACCAGCAGAACAAAGUGGGAAAGAUCCUCGUGGGAGGUUGAGCUGUAGAGUUUGUUUCUUUUUUUUUUUUUUUUUUAACACAAGUUUGAAACUUGCAUGGAUUUAGAAAGAUAUGUAUGCAUCUUUAUAUUAAAAAAAAUAAUAAUAAUAAAUGAAAAAAAUUUA